UCGCCCACCUUCGCAGUCCCCAGCGGUCGGCCGCCGCGCCACCCUGCCUCCCGCCAGCGGGGCCCUCGCACCCCCGCGCCGUGCCUUGGUAGGCGCCGCCGGCCGGGCCGGAGCGGGCGGGGCGGGCCCCGGGGCGGGUCCCGGGCCGGGCACUGCUGCCCCCCGCCGGACAAGGCGGACUGCAGGCCCGCUGGCCCCGCGCAGCAUGGGGAGGCGCUGCUGGCGGCGGCGUGCUCUGGCCGCCGCGUGUCUGGGGGCCGCGCUCCUACUCCUGGGCGCUGCGCCCCGCGCCCUGCGCCCGGGAAGAUUGAAGAGUACGGCACUGAGACGGAUGGUAUCCCUGCACACUGUCUUCCAGUCUGGGAGACAGUGAAACCUGCAUCUACCACGAAGCGGCAUACACGCUGGCCAGGGAAGUACAGACUGCUGUAGGAGUCCAUGGAGGUCAUGUGACCUGGUGGGCUGCUACUGGAGAACCUGCAGCUUGGCUGUGCCACCUCUAUUGCUACCCAGCCCUUUCUGGCUGCCCACACCCAGGAUUUGGGGAGGCUGGACCGCCAGUCAGCUUGCAUUUGAAAACAGCCUGGGCUCUGGCUGGCUCGGUGGGAAGAGGAGGAGUCCUCUGCAGAUGCUUUAUGACUUGGACCAGGGCCCGCGCUCAGCCCUGGCCGAGGUGCACCGGCAGCGGCGCGACCUGCUGCGCCGAGCCUGCAGCCGCCACACACGCCGGCAGCGCCUGCUGGGGCCCGAGGACCUGCGGCACGUGCUGGUGGACGACGCGCACGGCCUGCUCUACUGCUACGUGCCCAAGGUGGCCUGCACCAACUGGAAGCGCGUGCUGCUGGCGCUGAGCGGCCGAGCCCGCAGCGACCCGCGCGCCAUCCCCGCGCACGAGGCGCACGCGCGGGGCCGCCUGCCCUCGCUGGCUGACUUCAGCCCGGCCGAGAUCAACCGGCGGCUGCGCGCCUACCUGGCCUUCCUGUUCGUGCGCGAGCCCUUCGAGCGCCUGGCGUCGGCCUACCGCAACAAGUUCGCGCGGCCCUACAGCGCGGCCUUCCAGCGGCGCUACGGCACGCGCAUCGUGCGGCGCCUGCGGCCGCGCCCACACCCUGACGCGCUGGCCCGCGGCCACGACGUGCGCUUCGCCGAGUUCCUGGCCUACCUGCUGGACCCGCGCACGCGCCGCGAGGAGCCCUUCAACGAGCACUGGGAGCGCGCGCACGCCCUCUGCCACCCGUGCCGCUUGCGCUACGACGUGGUGGGCAAGUUCGAGACGCUGGCGGAGGACGCGGCCUUCGUGCUGGGCCUGGUGGGCGCGCCCGGCCUGCGCUUCCCUGCGCCCCCGCCCCGGGCCAAGACGGCCGCCGCCAGCGACCUGGCCGAGCGCCUCUUCCGGGACAUCAGCCCCUUCUACCAGCGGCGCCUCUUCGACCUCUACAGGAUGGACUUCUUGCUCUUCAACUACUCUGCCCCUUCCUACCUGCGGCUGCACUAGGCGGCAAGGCCCGUCACACCCACCGGACGGUGUGCAUCUCUGGUGGCCACCCGCCCCCCGCCCCCCGCACCCUGAUGCCGGUGCUGCCUGCCCCGGACUCCUCUCUGAGCACCACUGCCCCGGUGCUUCCCUGCUUGGCCAGCCCGCCCGGGCCUCCAUCCCGCCCGGCCAGGUUUGGGUGCAGCUCACCUCAGGCGGCUGGAAACCCGUGUGCCUGCCUGUCCCUUGAUGCUUGCUUCCUCUGACUGCGCCAGCUGGCAGGCAUUUCUCCAGACCACUGGGUGGGGAAGCAUUGAAUUACUAGUAUUUUUUAGUUUGUGAGAGGCCAUUUUGGGGGGUCAACUGUGACCCCAAACCAGAGCAAAAUGCUGUUUCGGUGCAGUCUGUGGCCUCUCCUAGCAGCCUCUUCACCGCCCCAGCUCUGGUAUUGACAGCCAUGGCCCAGGAGGAAAGCCCUCCGUCAUCGGGCGCAGGCUAGGGCCUUCCUUGUCAGUGGGCAUGGCAUGGAGCCCACCCUGAGUUGCCUUCCACUCUGCCUGUCACUGAGCCGUGCUGCCUCUCCCUGUGGCUGGCCCCACCUUUGAUCUCAGUCUGGCCAGAUCCUAAGUCUUCCGUGUGUGCCCACAGAGCCCAGAGUGCAGUAUGGUGGCGGGUUUUAUAGGACCGUCGUGAGCUGGGGAGCUUAUGUUUUUGAAAUAAAUGUUUUUUACUUCU